UAUCAAAAAUUUCCGUACACAAUAGAAGAAGGAGAUUCAAACUCAGAACAAGAGAGACGAAAACAGCAUUAACACGGUGGGAGCGUUGGCUACGGAAGCCAGUUCAGGACUUUCUGCAUCAGCUUCCAAUAUUACCAUUUUCGCUCCGGAAUUCAUCAGGGGAACGGGAAAAAUCACAGAUUUUGAGACCAGGAAACCCCACAUUUGACUGCGCUCUUCUCACCGGAAGCGCAGUAGAGAUAGCUACACGAUGGCAGAGAAGCAGUUGAUAGUAGUCGUUGAAGGUACCGCAGCCAUGGGUCCCUUCUGGCAAACUGUCGUAUCUGAUUACAUUGAGAAGAUCGUUAGGUGUUUCUGUGGAAAUGAACUAACUGGGCAGAAACCACCAACCUCUAAUGUUGAGUUCUCUCUGGUCACGUACUAUACUCAUGGAUCAUAUUGUGGCUGUCUAGUUCAGCGGACUGGGUGGACAAGAGAUGUUGAUAAUUUCAUACAAUGGCUUUCAGCCAUACCCUUUUCUGGUGGUGGUUUCAGUGAUGCAGCAAUAGCUGAAGGGCUUGCUGAAGCGCUUAUGAUGUUCCCAACUCAGCAAAAUGGUGGCCAAAAUCAACAAACUAUGGAUUUGCAGAAGCACUGUAUUCUUGUUGCUGCAAGUAAUCCUUAUCCCCUGCCAACACCAGUCUAUCGACCAACAGUGCAAAAUUUGGAGCAACAUGACAAUGUUGAACCACAGCCCGGGAGUUCUCAAUCAUAUGCUGAGACAGUUGCUAAAUCAUUUGCUCAGUGCUUCAUAUCUCUGUCGGUUAUUUGUCCCAAACAGCUUCCAAAAAUAAGAGCAAUUUACAAUGCUGGGAAGCGCAACCCACGGGCAGCGGAUCCACCUAUUGAUAAUGUUAAAACACCCCAAUAUCUUGUUUUGGUCUCUGAAAAUUUUAUGGAAGCCCGUGUAGCUUUAAGUCGUCCUGGAAUUACUAGUUUGCCUGCAAACCAGAGUCCUGUGAAGAUGGACAUCGCUCCUGUUGCGCCUGUUACAGGACCACCUCCAACCACUAUUCAAUCAGUAAAUGCACCACCUAUCAUUAACCGGCAGCCAGUUUCUGUUGCUAAUGUGCCUCCUGCUAUUGUGAAAGUUGAACCGAAUACUGUUACAUCUAUGGCAAACGGAACUGCAUAUCCACCACAUAUGCAAUCUGUUGCUUGUGCAGCUUCACAGGGAGUCCCGAGCUUGCAGACUUCUUCACCACUUUCUUCUCAGGAGAUGAUCACAAAUAAUGAGAAUACACAAGAUCUUAAACCACUAGUGAAUGGCGUCCCACAGCCUCUACGACCUGUGGGUCCUGAUAAUGUUAGCAUUUUGAAUAAUCUUUCUCAAGCACGAGGGAUCAGUUCAGCUAUAAAUGCAGGACCAUCCAAAGGACUUGGGACUAUGGUCCAAACCCCAAUGGUCAUGCAUGUAUCCAACAUGAUAUCCAGUGGAAUGGGAUCAUCUGUACCUGCUGCACAAAAUGUAUUUUCGUCCGGUCAAUCUGGUAUGACAUCAAUAAAUGGGUCUACAGCUAUUACCCAGGUUACACCGCAUGCAGGUCUAAGUUCACUUACUUCAUCAAAUAAUAAUUCCGGAAAUUCAAACAUUGCCACUUCACAAGCAGUUGGAACUCUCCAAGGUGGUGUUAGUGUGAGUCAAUCAGUACCUGGGAUUAGCCAAGGAAAUCUUGCAGGGACACAAGUGGUGCAAAGUGGAAUUGGCAUGAACCAAAGUGUGAUGAGUAGCUUAAACCAAUCAGGUGUAUCUUCUGGAAAUGGUACGAUGAUUCCUACUCCAGGAAUGCCCCAACAAGUUCAAGCUGGAAUGCAUUCACUUGGUGUGAGCAACAAUGCAGCAGCUAACAUGCCAUUAUCACAGCAUACAGCAGGUGCUUUGCAACAAGCACAAUCCAAAUACGUGAAAUUUUGGGAGGGAAAUCUAUCGGGGCAGAGACAAGGCCAGCCUGUUUUUAUUACAAGGAUGGAAGGUUACAGGAGUGCUUCAGCAUCUGAUAAGCUUGCAGCAAACUGGCCGCAGACAAUGCAAAUAGUUCGGCUUAUCUCACAAGAUCACAUGAAUAACAAGCAAUAUGUUGGAAAAGCUGAUUUUCUUGUUUUCCGAGCUAUGAAUCAGCAUGGGUUCCUUGGCCAGCUUCAAGAAAAGAAACUUUGUGCAGUCAUUCAGUUACCAUCCCAGACUUUACUGCUAUCUGUUUCAGAUAAAGCUUGCCGCUUGAUAGGGAUGCUUUUUCCUGGGGAUAUGGUUGUGUUUAAGCCCCAAAUUCCCACUCAACAGCAACAACAGCAGCAAAUGCAACAGCAACAGAUGCAACAACAGCUACAACAACAUCCGCAGCUGCAGCAACAGCAUCAGCUUUCUCAGUUGCAACAACAUCAGCAACUUCCUCAGCUGCAACAACAACAGCGGCAGCUUCCUCAGUUGCAACAGCAGCAGCAGCAGCAGCAGCUUCCUCAGCUACAACAACAGCAGCAACAGCAGCAGCUUCCUCAGCUGCAACAACAGCAGCAGCAGCAGCAGCAGCAGCUUCCUCAGCUGCAACAGCAGCAGCAGCAACAUCCUCAAAUACAGCAGCAGCAGCCGCAGCUUCCUCAACUACAACAACAGCAGCAGCAACCACAACUGUCACAGAUGCGAACCCAGCAGCAGAUUCCACAAAUGCAGCAACAGCAGCAACAAAUGGUUGCAGGUGGAAUUGGUCAAUCAUACGUUCAAGGUCCAGGGCGGUCGCAACUAGUCUCACAGGGACAAGUUUCUUCCCAGGGUCAAUCUAACAUGUCUGGUGGAAGCUUUAUGGGUUGAUUAGAUCAUUCUAAAUUAUUCUCAAAUCGCAUGGCGAAUGGGGAUGCCCUUAUUAUUUUGUUGUGACCACGGCAAUGCACGAUUAAUACCAGAUGUUUAAUUGAUGCUAAUAAUAAAUUUAUGUGUGUAUAUAUACCAGGAUUGUUGUGGUAACUAUAAUGUUAUAAUAUCCAUUAGGUUUGGAAGAAAUGGGAAGUUUUUCCUUUCCUCCAUGUACAUUAAGUUAGGAGAUAAUGAAUCUGUUUGGAAUUGAAUUCAUUGGACAUUUCAAUCGAAUCCCAUUUUGUUAUGA